AUGGAGAAAUUAAGCUAUCUCGUACGGUUUGAAUAUGAAUAUUUUGAAACACAAAGCCCUAAAAUCUAUAUCCUUACUAGGAAGAAAGAGAGAGAUUCGUGGGAAAAGAGAAUUAAACCAAUGGAUCCUGACCCUAACAAUAAAGGCUGGUAUCUUUUCUAUCUAACAUUUGAUGAACCAAAGUUUCAGUAUACAUUUCUAAUAAAAUCAGGGCAUGAGUCUCAUUUUGACACUAUUCAUCACAGAAAUGCUGAUCUGGAUAAAAUUCCAGAAGAGAAUAUAAUAGAUGGGAUAAGAAAUAUCAAAGACUCUUGGGGAACAUUCUAUAUUAACUUCGACAUUCAAUGAAGUGACCGCUCCCUCGAAAGACUCCAGAUAUCCACAUGUACCAGAGUAGUUGGUGAUGAAGGGCCUCCUAAAUAUGAUAGAUUUUGGACAAUGAAGGAAGCUGAUAAUUCAAAAAUUGAGCAUAGGCAUGGAAGUAGCCUGAAAAAGUUUCAUCGAGGGAAAAUUUAUAGUUAUUCAUCCACUCAUAAAAUUGACAAUUAUCUGAAAAAAGUUUAUUUCAAACUCCGCUUCAACAAAUUUGGGUCAAAGUCUAAGGGAUAUGAUGUUACUUUUUAUGACCCAAAUUUAAAAUAAAAUCAGGGAAGUAGGAAUACUGAAGCUUGAUGAUAUCGAAGACAGUCUGUUUUGAAACAUGACAGCCAGAGGAAUUAUUGAUGAAGAUCUUACUUAUACUCCUUUUGAAAUAGAAGAAGAGCUGCCUUCAAAAGAAAACAAUCUCAGAGGGGAUACUUAUGAAAGAAAAUAUAAAGAUAAUUACUCUGAUAGAAACUAUCGUCCAUCUCAAAGAAGAGAAUUGAAAGAGAAAAAGUAUUACCCUCGUGAAGAAAGAAAAUAUUUUGAAGAAGAUGAGGUGCAUCCUUCCGAUAGAUAUAACAAGAGAAAAUAUAGCUAUACGGACGAAAGAUAUGCACCUGGGAGAGAAAGAGGUUAUGAAGAUGGAAAACCAAGGGAAAAUAAAAAAGAAAGAGGUAAAUCACCAAUCAGCAAUAAUCUAAUUCAACUUUCUGACAACUUGUUCUGUGCUCCAUUUCCAAAAACUGAAAGAGAAUUUGAAGGUUUGCAGGAUCAUCAUAUCAAAGGGGCUUUAUGAGUGUCAAAUUUAAAAGGAAGAUCAAACUUCGACCAAGAUGAAUAUCUCCCAAAUGAAAACGUCCAGCAGGUUUUGAUCAUGAACAGUGGGAGCAAAGUACUAUCUAAAAUAAGCAUCUAUGAGAUUCCAGAAUCUUCUCACGAGAAGUACAACUUUAGGCUAACAAUGGCAACUAAUGAGUUAAAAUACUUGAUCUUUCAGGAUAAACUCAAGGCGUGAAUCCUUUAUGAUGAAAAUGAUAAAGAUGUUGCUGAUGGUCUUGUAAGUUUCAUUCUAUCCAACCCAAUAGAAGGUUAA